ACGUUCCGUUCUCUCAUUCAACCAACCUCUGUUUCUCUCUCUACACCCAUUACCACCACCGCCACCUCUCUCUCUCUCUCUCUCCAAACAAGGCAUAAUGAGAGGAAAAUAAAACAGACGGUGGUUGAUGCAUGAACAAAUUAAGAAUCUUCCUUUCUCUCUGUACCCUCUCACCACCCUCGCUUUCUAAUCCAUUGACCAUCCGACAGAUUUGCCUUUUUGGUUCUUCUUGGUCUUUACGCUCCAACAACCACCUCCUUGCCUCUCCGGACAGAAAAUUGGAAGCAUCAAUGGUGAGCAUACGAAGGCGCAAACUCUUAGGACUUUGCUCGGGGCGAAAUUCUUUCUUGGCUCCACUUUCUAGGUUCUUUGACUAUGCAAAUGCUCUUGAAAAUCCGGUUCAAAACACAAAACCAGUUUUUGUUCACCAGCCAAAGAGUGUGCAUCCUGUGCCUUCAGUUGAUGCUGACCAACCAAAGGAGAAAACUAUCUCAAAAGUAGUUCCUGGAUCAUCAAUUGUAUCUGGUUCUAGCUCAUCAAAAGAGCAGCAGAAUCAACUGUUUCCAGUGCAAGAAGUUAAACGUAGAAAGCGACACAGGAGGAAGCAUUUUGAAAACCAAGAACAGUGUGUAAUGAGAGGUGUCUAUUUCAAGAAUAUGAAAUGGCAGGCAGCAAUAAAAGUUGACAAGAAACAAAUUCACUUGGGUACUGUUGGCUCUCAAGAAGAGGCUGCUCAUUUGUAUGACAGGGCUGCUUUUAUGUGUGGGAGGGAACCCAACUUCGAACUGUCAGAGGAAGAGAAGCAAGAACUCAGGAAAUUCAACUGGGAAGAAUUCCUAGCAAUGACUCGUUAUGCUAUUACUAGCAAAAAGCAUCAGAGAAGAAGCAGGGAAGGUUCACGAAGAAAGUAUGAGUUUCCAACUCGGAACAGUGAGUGGGAGGGUGAGCAAGAAAUCAAUGGCUUCUCAGCCUCGGAAGAUGUAGAGCCAGACAUUUCAGUCUCUUGAAAUUUUUUCUCUUAGGGACAAGGCUGAAUAACCUGGUUCUAAUAGUUGCGUCAGCUUUCGCCCUCAUUGUUCUUUCCGGUGUAUAAAGGCCCCUAUUAGGGCAGAUCAAGGUUAAACUUAUGUCUGUUAGUAGUGUAUUGGUGACUCUAAUUCAAUAAAUAGUAAAGUUCUACGCA